AUGGCAAGAUCAUCUUCGAUAAUGUCACUUUCAGAUAUGAACAAUCAUGCUGGUUCUUCGCAUCAGUCAAUGUAUAAAAUGUCAUCGUCAACAAUUCGUGCUGAUAUAAUAUGGAAAGAACGUUACAGACAACAUUGUAAACAAGAAUUCAGGAAAUCAAGAGAAAAAAUGGUUAACAAAUUAAGAAAAUUAUCAUUUGAUAAUUGUAGUAUGUCAGAUAGCGGUGUUAAUAAUGAUCAACAGGAUACAGUACUUUCUGUCCGUCAGAUAGCUGAACAAGAAUGGCGUAAAUUAUUUGGUUAUGAUAUUAAAACUUAUCAUCAUAGUUUACCUCCUCAAAAUUCAUCUCAAAUGGAUUGCAGUGUUGAUGACGGCAAAGAUGAUUUUAUUGAUUUUGAUGACAAUAUUAAAUUAUUCGAAGAGAUUCAACGUGAAUUACAAGAAGACGAACAACGAUUAUUACCCCCCUUACCGGACGAAGAAGAUGAUAAUUUUCUUUGUUAUAAUUUUGAACCGUUAGCAUCUGUUCCUUGUCCUAGAUGUUCACAGAUUAGUUUAGAACAAGGUCAACAAACAAUUUUAUGUAAACAAUUCCAGUUUAAAUAUCAGUUACAUCCAGGUAAGAAAACAGAAGGAAUAUUGUAA